AUGGCUGCGAACACGACAAACGGUGCCAACGACAUUGACGCGUCCCCGACCGGCAACCCAUCCGUAAACCCUGACUUCAAAGUCUCCAACAACAGCAGCGCCAUCGCAGAUGAUGAUGACGACCACCACGGGGGUGGCUUGCGCAUGCACGACCCCUUCGGCGGCGACAAGCUGGACAGAAUCGCCGGCGGGGACGACAUGAGUCCCUCGUCGUCGGCCGUUCGCGGCGGCAGCUUCGGUAGCGAAGGGUCGCCUACGCGUGACCGCCGCAUGAGCAAGGAGUGGGACGCGAGCAAAGUCCCGCCGUCGAGAUUCCAGAAGCGCAGCGGAAGCAUUUACUCGACGCCGAGUAGCCGCGACGCACACCUGACGGGAUCCACGUCUGAAAGAGACAAGGGAUAUUGGGAGAAGAUGAAGGAGAAGGGCUGGAUCAAGAAAUAG